AUGCCGACACAUGUGCCGGAUCCUGCACCCUGCGCAGUGGAGGCUACAUUGUGGCGGUCGUGCCUCAAGGAGUUUGAUUACAGCCCGGAUCACCCGGAAGGGGCUUGCCAGAAGCAGCGUGUUGGCUACUACAACUGCAUCAAGGGGUGGAAGGAACGACAGAACGAGGCCUACGAUUACAGCAGAUUUAAUUUGGUAAAGGAGUGCGCAAAGGAGGCGGAGAGGUUGCAUCAGUGCAUGAUGGUCAACAUGUUUGAGGCAUCGCGCUGCCAGGAGGCGAUGACACACUUGAAGCGCUGCGCCGCACGGUACGACCCGGAGGUGCGGAAGGCUCUGGCGGACGAUCCUGCUCUCAGUGCCCUCGAUGAUGAACCAGAGGGCAUCAAACGACUGUGGUACCGUGCCAUCGGCAAACUGUAA